AAGCAGCAACCAGCACUAGCAGAGCGAGAGGAGAAGAAGCUUCCGUCGUCGUCUCACUAUGCGCCACUGUGCGAGCGAGGAGAAAGAAAGGUGCAGCCCGUGCGUUUUGAUGGUGGCCGCGGCGCGAGCUCCGGUGCCCAGGAAGCCGCCCGCGGAGGGGACGCUGCUGCUGGCGGCGGAGGAGGGGCUGUCGGACCUGGAGACGGCGUCGUCGACCGGGGCGCCCAACUCGAGCCUCAGCUCGGCCAGCAGCGCCGGCAGCCUCGCGCGCUGCUCCAGCCUGUCGCGGCUCUCCUUCGACUGCACCCCGUCGGCCGCCAUGGCGGCGGCGGCCACCGCGUGCUCGCCGCGCCCGUCCGCGGCGUUCCGCCCGCACCGGUCCGGCGACGUGGCGUGGGCGGCCAUCCGCGCGCUCUCGGCCUCCUCCCCGGCGACCCCGCUCGGCCCCGCGGACUUCAGGCUCGUCCGGCGCGUCGGCGGCGGCGACAUCGGCACGGUCUACCUCUGCCGCCUCCGGACCUCGGCGUCGGCCGAGGCCCCGUCGUGCAUGUACGCGAUGAAGGUGGUGGACCGCCGCGCCGUGGCCAAGAAGCACAAGCUGGAGCGCGCGGCCGCCGAAAAGCGCAUCCUGCGGCUGCUCGACCACCCGUUCCUCCCCACGCUCUUCGCCGACUUCGACGCCGCCCCGCGCUUCUCCUGCGUCGUCAUGGAGUUCUGCCCCGGCGGCGACCUCCACUCCCUCCGCCACCGCAUGCCCUCCCGCCGCUUCCCGCUCCCCUCCGCCCGGUUCUACGCGGCCGAGGUGCUCCUGGCGCUCGAGUACCUGCACAUGAUGGGGAUCGUCUACCGCGACCUCAAGCCUGAGAACGUGCUGAUACGCGCGGACGGCCACAUCAUGCUCACCGACUUCGACCUGUCGCUCCAGUCCACGUCGUCGCCGUCUCUCGAGCCAGCCGUCGCCGAGGAGGAGGAACAGGAGGAGCCGCGCCGCGCAUCCUGCUUCCCGAUACGCUUCACACGGCGGAGGCACCGUCGCCGGUGCGCGGCAUCUCCCCCGCGGUUCGUCGCCGAGCCGGUGUCGGCGCGUUCGUGCUCGUUCGUCGGCACGCACGAGUACGUGGCCCCGGAGGUGGCAGGCGGCGGCGCGCACGGCGCCGCCGUGGACUGGUGGGCCUACGGCGUCUUCCUCUACGAGCUCCUCCACGGCCGCACCCCGUUCGCCGGCGCCACCAACAAGGACACGCUCCGCAACAUCGUGCGCGCGCCGCUCACCUUCCCCUCCUCCUGCGGCACUGGCUGCCACGCCGACGUCGCCGCGGCGCGGGACCUCAUCGCGCGCCUGCUCACCAAGGACCCCGCCGCCCGCCUCGGGUCCCGCCACGGCGCGGCCGACGUGAAGGCCCACCCCUUCUUCAAGAACCUCAACUUCGCGCUCCUCCGGUCAUCGCGUCCGCCCGUCGUCCCCAGCGCGCCGUUGCACCGGUCGCAGUCGUGCAAGACGCCGGCGUCUCGCAAGCCGGACACGAAGCGCUUCGACCUCUUCUGACCGACCGACCGACGUCGUGUCCUCCCCGAGUCAACGCCGGCGGCUGGAUACAAACCCUCCUCCGGCCAUCUCGUGGCGCCGGGGGACGUUAACCCCUUGAUAAUUACUACCACUCCUAGCUAGCGCAUGCAUGCAUUGACCUACCCUACUACUACUAGUAGUAUUAGCUGCCAGUGCAUCGUUGUACAAUCAACUGUUAAUUACGCUUCUCAGUACUGUUAAUCUCCCA